AAGGUGGAAUUAAAAAGAGAUUAAAAACGUAUUUGAUCUAUUUAUUUAACAAGAGGAACAUGUCCAUCAUUUAUUUCAAUGGCCUUGGAGAAAAACAACAUUGCUCCCACUUAGAGAGAGAAAAAGAGUUCUGCACAGCAACUAGAGAAAGGAUCCAAAGGGAUCGCAUUGAUCCUAAUCAAGCUGAGUUAUUCCCUAAUAAUUAUUUUACUUUUUUCUCAAUGGAAAGAUAGAAAAAAAAAGGAUUUGCUUUGUUUUCCGGAUCAUGCGAUCUCUUCGGAUUCAUCCUUUGGUAGCUUCCACCUCGGUCAAAGGGUUUCUACAAAGUUUCGAAGAUUUAGGAUACAUGUCAAGAAAACAAGAAUAUGAGUUUGGGUGGAAGAAGACAAAAACGAAGUUCAUGGCUUGGAGGAAAACGACGACAGUGAAGCGCAGGAGCUGUGGCGAAGGAGGCGCUGAAGCGGAGGUGGAGGCGCGGCACACUCGUCUCGGUCAAGCUCUCUGUUGGCUUCACCUACUCAGCACCAUCACAGAUCCGAGAAGCAGCAGUGAUGAAACAGGAAAGAUAAGCAGUGGUGUGACAGAGAGUGUCUCCGGUUAAGGGUGGUGCGUUGGUGGUGCAAAAGCCGUUGGUGGUGCAAAAGCCGUUGGUGUGACAGAGCGGCGCUGUGAGAUCCGGUUAGGCCGAGGAGGCGGC